CCUGCGCUGUAUCCAAAUUUCAUGGCCUCAUGCGAGACAUCUUCAUCAAGUGGGAAGAUAUGUCGAUUGUUCACACGCUGCAGUUGCAUUUUUCGCACAAGAACACUUUGUGUUGUUGCAGGAUAAAAGCAGCCCCUUGUUAGAUUCAAACUCUACAUGAGGAGAACGCUCGGUGCACGCGCAACAGAUACUUCGGAUACUACCGGCGCACAGCAGCGUAAGCAAAAAUGGCGAAACAAAAUUGGGAAAAUAACUCUGAAUAUACCCCUUUGUUAAUUAAAGAGGCCGAAGACAAAAAGGGGGCUUUGAAGCUCCCAAACAAAACCCUUCUUCUGGCUACGUUUGCUGCUUGUAUAGGAGGGACCUUCCAAUAUGGAUAUAAUGUCUCUGUCAUCAAUGCACCCACCAAGUAUGUGCAAGAUUUUAUCAACCAAACAUGGACGGAGCGUUACCAAAGCGACAUUGCAGCUGGUGUCCUCACUUUAAUGUGGUCCACUAUUGUGUCUGUAUUUACCCUUGGAGGAUUAAUUGGAGUUUCAGUUGGAGGAACGCUGUCUAUAAAGCUGGGAAGGAAAGGGACAUUGUUAGUCAAUAAUAUUAUUGCCAUAGUGGCCGCCCUGGUGAUGGGUUUGAGUUACCCGACGGGAAUUUUUGAACUCAUCAUCCUCGGACGUCUUCUCAUUGGAUUAAAUUCUGGUAUUGGUCUUUGUGUUCAACCUUUGUACUUGUUGGAAAUUGCUCCAACAUCCAUCCGCGGCCUCAUGGGAAUGGGAACCUCUGUUUUUGUGACUGGUGGGAUCUUCACUGGACAAUUGAUGGGCCUCAAAGAGCUGCUGGGUAAAGAAGAGUACUGGCCCAUUCUGCUUGCCACCACAUGCAUCCCAGCGUUCAUGCAGCUCCUGAUGCUACCCUGGUUCCCGGAGAGUCCACGCUUCUUGCUCAUUGACAGAGGAGAUUAUGGGGGAUGCAAAAAAGCCCUCAGGCAGCUCCACGGUGCAGCUGAUUGUGAUAGUGAAAUGGAGGACAUGGAGAAGGAGAAGUACAGUCAAGACCAGGAUGGAUUCCAGGCCAAGAAGCCAUGGGAGCUGCUCGCAGACCGCAGCAUACGUUGGCAGCUUCUCAGCAUCGUGCUUAUUAAUUCUGCUCAGCAGCUGAAUGGAAUCAACGCAAUUUACUUCUACACAGAUUACGUAUUUGCACAAGCAGGAAUUCCCAGUGAGAGAAUACCAUAUGCAACAGUUGGCACUGGUGCCUGUGAAUGCAUCACUGCUUUGACCUGUGGUUUGCUCAUCGAGCAUCUGGGACGGAAAGUGCUCAUUACUGGUGGCUACAUGCUCAUGAGUUUGUGCUGCAUUUUAUUCACUCUGACCAUUACCUUUCAGGAGGUCAGUCCAGUUUUUCCCUACCUCAGCAUGGGAUGUGUGUUUGCCUUUAUUCUGAGUUUUGGAUUAGGGCCAGGUGGUGUGACUAAUAUCUUGACAAUGGAACUGUUCACGCAAAACGCACGUCCUGCAGCCUACAUGAUUGGUGGCUCCAUAAACUGGAUCAGUUUAUUCUUUAUUAGCAUGAUUUUCCCUUUUAUUGUGAUCGGGCUGAAGCAGUACUGUUUCCUGGUUUUUAUGUCCAUCUGCAUCUUGGUGGCACUUUACAUAUUCUUUGUCAUUCCUGAAACCAAGAACAAAACCUUUCUGCAAAUCCAGAAUGAGUUUAAGACAGGGAAGGAAAAGAAGGGCCAAACCACUGAUGGCUCCGGUGUGACACUGUUGGCAACCUCAAUGUAAUAUGUACUGUAUAGCUCAUUGCUCUCAAGUGAAGAACUUUUUUUAUUAUUAUUAUUUGUUAAAAUGCUGCCUUGUUUGAAUUGUAACAUAAAAUUCAACGUUUUGUUACUUAAAUAUAUUCUUGUUUACUGCAGUUUUAAAAAGUGGACUGAGAUUUGCCAAUAAAGUUCUCAAAACUGG